AUGGCGCUAGCUGCGCAGCAUUUGUGCACCGCCGCCGUCAGUGUCAGCCAGUUUGUCGUGGCAUACGGAGCUCCAUCGCAGUCUUUAACACUGGUAGCAUGCCGCGACAGCGUGGACGUGAACCAAAAGGAAAAAGAUGACGGAGCAAAGCCCGAGAAUGGGAGGAAGGCAUCCGCAAACAACCGUGGCAGUGCAAAGAAUGGCAACGAAAACGGCGGUAACAACAAAAUGAACAGGAGGAAAAGAAGCAACGGUUCAGCCAGCAAGUAUAAUGGCAACAGUGCCAACGGGAACGGCCUAAAUGGCAACGGUGGAGGAGGCAGCAGAGGCAGUGAUGGCAGUGCUGCCAACAACGGGACUGAAGCGAGGUUGGACAGUGGCAGUGUUGCCACCAGUGAAGACAACAAACACAAUGGAAACCACACUGACAACAACAACCAGCGAGGGUGCAGCAACGGUAACUGUGAUGGUGCAUCCCAAGACGGUGUGAGACCGUGUUCCGGCAGCAACUGUAACACCAUAGAGGGCAGCGUCGUCAGUGGCAGACGUCUGGGGACUGCUGGCAGCAGGCACGAUGGGGAAGGCAGGUCGACAGGAGAGAGCAAGCGGCCAGGGGAGGCGAACGGCAGGGGGAGCCAGCAGCCUGCGAGGACCGGCGCGGCGCUCCACAGGGCCAAGUCCGCCGCCGCCCCCAACCCUGCAGAGAGCGGGGGCGGGACUGGGGGCCCGCACGCCAGGAGCAAGUCGGCGGCGCCCGCCGGCAGUGCGAGGCUGGGAUCCGAGGACCAGUCCAACAGCCUGAGCUCCAUCAGGAUGGUCGCACGACGUGGGGUAUCCAGCAGUCCCAAGGACCGCGCAUCUCCUCCAGACCGCAACAAUAAUGUCAACAAUCACAGCAGGAACAACCCCACCAGUAAGAAGCCCACUCGGCACAGAAGUUCGCCCAACCUGCGAGUCGGCUGUACGGCCUGCAGCAGCGGCAGCGGAGGCGCCGGGGGUGGAGGAGCACUGCCACCCCCAGAGCCGUACAAGAUGGCCUUCAAGGCGGGGUCGCCGGAGUCCUCCUCUGGUGGUGGCGGCAGCAGCGCCGGCAGCGGUGGAGACAAGAAGACAUCCGUAUACAAAGUACCUCGGCCCCGUGCGCCCUUUGCGAAACGCUGCUACAGCAUUGACACGCUGACACCACCCUUCUCCUUGUGGCCUGGACAGCAAGGAGGCUACCCCGAACACUGGAGGCUGGCCUCCGUCUAUCAGCAUGCCUUCAAGCCCAUUGAGAUGCGUCGGAAACCGCUUCUCGCUUCAGUAUACCAGUAG